AUGGGUCGAGUUAGUGCCAAGAGGAAGCUUAAGCAGUGCGAUCCAUUUUUCAAGGGAAAGCGCGACAAUGGAAAGAAGGAGAUGAUGCAUGACUUGCCACCUACGCAGUCCAAGCGCUCAAAGAAGCGUCGUCGCAAGAUGUUGAGCGAAGAUGCGAUGGAGCAGUAUGUCAUGCGCACAUCAAAAAUGGUGGAUGGCAACGGUUCUACGUUUCAUUCGAAGAAGAAACAAAAGCUACAGAUAGGAUCUAUACGAGAGGGCGAGUCUAUGCGUGAGUUCAACAAGCGAAUCAGUACGGAGGUCAAGCGUGUUAUCUACGAUGCGGCCAAGCAAGGCAGACGUAGCAGUGAGAAGCGCAAGACUUACUUGGCUAAGAAGAAGGAAAAGGUGCGCGACAAAAAGAUGACAGAACAGGAGCGGUAUGAACGUGAUUACCAGGUCACAGGUAGUACGAAGAAGGACUACUUUAAGGACACAGCGCCUGUACGCUUCGGUGAGCGCGUAGACGCGCCACCUAUUAUGCCCAAGCUCUCGGGUAUUUUUAAAAAGCGUGCAGACCAGCUUGCUCGCGAGAAGGCCAAAGCAGAAAAGAAGAAUGCACUAGCAGCUGGAGCUCGAGUUAUCAAGCGUGCUAAGAAGUAG